CCCUCGGCCAGGGAGGGCGGGGCGCAUAGCGAGACUUAAAGAGCUCCCCAGGUCCCCACCCGCGCCUGACGGCGGCAGCUCCCACCAUGGCGGAGACCAAGCUCCAGCUGUUUGUCAAGGCGAGUGAGGACGGGGAGAGCGUGGGUCACUGCCCCUCCUGCCAGCGGCUCUUCAUGGUCCUGCUCCUCAAGGGCGUACCCUUCACCCUCACUACGGUGGACACGCGCAGGUCCCCGGACGUGCUGAAGGACUUCGCCCCCGGCUCGCAGCUGCCCAUCCUGCUCUAUGACAGCGACGCCAAGACAGACACGCUGCAGAUCGAGGACUUUCUGGAGGAGACCCUGGGGCCACCCGACUUCCCCAGCCUGGCGCCUCGUUACAGGGAGUCCAACACCGCCGGCAACGACGUUUUCCACAAGUUCUCCGCGUUCAUCAAGAACCCGGUGCCCGGGCAGGACGAAGCCCUGUACCAGCAGCUGCUGCGCGCCCUCGCCAGGCUGGACAGCUACCUGCGCGCGCCCCUGGAGCACGAGCUGGCGCUGGAGCCGCAGCUGCGCGAGUCCCGCCGCCGCUUCCUGGACGGCGACCGGCUCACGCUGGCCGACUGCAGCCUCCUGCCCAAGCUGCACAUCGUCGACGUGAGCGCGGAGGGAGGGAGGGCGGGAGGGCGGGCGAGCCCGGUGCGCUGGGGCACGGCAGGUCCUGACCGCGCCCCGCGAUCCGGCCCGCAGACGGUGUGCGCGCACUUCCGCCAGGCGCCCAUCCCCGCGGAGCUGCGCGGCGUCCGCCGCUACCUGGACAGCGCGCUGCAGGAGAAAGAGUUCAAAUACACGUGUCCGCACAGCGCCGAGAUCCUGGCGGCCUACCGGCCCGCCGUGCACCCCCGCUAGCGCCCCACCCCGCGUCUGUCGCCCAAUAAAGGCAUCUUUGUCGGGA